GACGAGAAAGAAGAGGAGGCGUGGGGCUUCGCGACGGCUGGGAACAGUGGGUUCACUCUCGAUGACUUCGACGCUCCAUCUGACAGCAACGACGCGGGUUCCGGUGAUGAGUGUCUGGAAGUGCUGGCCAAAGCCGAGAAAGCGCGUGGUCUCUCUAGUCAAGAAAAAUCGAAACCGAAGAAGGAGGCCGAGUCAUUGACACCGCCGAGGUGUCAUCAUGCGUUGGUCUGUCAGAGCUUGGAGGUCAAGAAGAAGAACAAGAACCACGGCCGCAAGUUCUUCGCCUGCCCGCUGGGAUUCGAUGAAGGUCGCUGCGACUUCUUCCUCUGGGAAGACGACCACGUCCCGCUUGCACUGCAGACACUCUUCACGGCUUCUUCUUCCUCUGACGGUGUUGCUGAGUCCGCAGCUGAAGCAGAAGCCAUUGAGUGCGUUCCUCUGGAUAUUGAAGCUACUGAAGAGGAGCAACGUGAGGCGAUGCUCACCAAUCUGCUUCUGGUGUUUGGGCACGCCGACUUUCGUCCUGGCCAGCAGUGGGCGAUCUCAAGGGUGCUGCGUCGUAAGGACACUCUCCUUGUGUUGCCCACGGGUGCAGGCAAGUCGCUGUGCUAUCAAUUCCCAGCGCUCUUCUUGCCUGGAAUUACGCUCGUGAUCUCGCCGCUUAUCUCGCUGAUGAACGACCAGUACGAGAGUCUCCCCGCCCCAUUGAAGGCUCGCUCCUUGUGUCUUUCCGGCUCCGGCUCGGAUUCAGGCUCGUCCAAGGCGAAGCAUGCGGCUUUUGUGCGUGAUCUGCUGGCGGACAAACUCUCUCUGAUCUUCCUGUCGCCGGAGAAGGCGCUGGAUGCUGGAAUGCAAGCGCUGCUCGCGUUACCGCGGGUCCGUGCGCGCUUGGCACUAGUGUGUGUCGACGAAGCGCAUUGCGUCUCAGAGUGGUCCCACCACUUCCGUCCAAGCUACUUGCGGCUGGCAGAGGUCUUCCGCCACACCCAGUGCGUUUUGUGUGUGACUGCCACAGCCUCGCGACGUGUUGUCCACGAUGUAUUGCAUCAAUUGCGCUCACGUCGGCAGCUUCAGAAUCAAGGUGGCGAGAGCGAGAGCGACAUGGUGCUGCAGAUGCCAUGGCAAAGGAAGAAUCUGGCGCUGGAAGUUCGUUCCGUCCGGUCGAAUGAUGAGCGACUGCGGCAUCUCGUCCACAUCCUCCCCGAGUUGAGCAAAGGAUCAACACAGUCCUCCAAGGCUGGCGGUGGAGGUGUUAUCGUGUACGUUCACCAGCAACGGCAGACGGAGGAACUUGCAGCUCUGCUGCGUGAACAAUUGCCCAACGCUUGGCGCACUGCUGGAAAGGUGGUGGCGUUUCAUGCUGGCAUGGCGCCUGAGGCGAAGGAAAAGGUCCGCACAGGUUUUGCGCGAGGCAGAGUGCGCGUUGUGGUGGCUACUAUCGCAUUUGGUAUGGGCAUUGACAAGAAGAAUGACGGGUAUCUGAGCUCUUGGGUUAUCGACUGCCACCUGCACGAAGUAGCUCAAUGGUACGGACGGACGACUGGU